GCUUUAAGUAUUUUGGGGUUUUUUUUAUGCGUUACGAAAAUCCUCCAUCAUCACCAGCGUUUUUUUUUUUUUUUGCUUUCUAUUUUAUUUUAAGAAGAGAGGUGCCACUGCAAAAAACACAAUACUUUCUACGAAACAGCUCCUAUGCAACGAGAGCCGCUUGCAAGACGUCAUCGAAUUGCACACUUGGGGGAUAGAGAAAGGAGGCGUUGAAAGGAUCUGGGCGAUUCACUUGGUAGACCAAUGGAUACCCAAAAAGGCGAUGUACCGUGCUGCGUUAACAUCCCUAUUUCAAGUUAUAUAACAUAGAUUAUUAGUACAUCUGCGUACAAAGUGGUAGUUUCCAACGAUAUUAGCUGGCGUCAUGAAAGGGUCCUGCUGGGUGGCCACGCAACACAUCUUAACGGGAGCGCGGCAAUGGGAGCAUGCCUGGCUGGUGUUGACCUCUUAUAUUUUCAAGACGAUUGCACUGUGAACUUUUCUGAGACGAAUUUCAAAAUAAAAAAAUAUUGUAGCAGAGGGUCUGUACCGUGGUGAUGAAGGGUUGAACUGGCCGCUUCCAUAGGCAAUGAUAAUCUAUAACUUCAAUAAAGGAGAAAAAUACAAGAACAGAAGUCAAGCUGAAGCGUGAAUGGGACUGAAGUCUAU